GUUUUACACAGAGGCAAGUUAGUUCCGAAGGGCGGGUCCAUGACCGUAAAAGGGGCGGGAUAAAGCUGUGUUUACGUCCGGACAGUCAGCGAGAUGGGCGUGUCUUUAGAUCCGGUAGGCGGUGCGAGUAUUGAGAGUUGUUGUGGCGGCUGUGGGCGGGGUUAGAGGUGUGGGCGCGGCGAAUUUCGGUGACUGUCGGUACACCGGGGCUGGGGCGCUCGGUUAGCGAGGGUGGGGGGGGUCGGUGGCAGCAGGCACGGGCGGGGUGGCAUCCUGGUUGUGUGCCCGUGUUGAGUGCCAGGAGGAGGGCGCUGUGCAGGUUUCCGGGUCGCUGCUGUAGUUGUUCCGGGUGUCGGGGGCCCUGCCUGUGUGAGCCGGGCUGCGCUCCCCGGAGAAGGAGGAGAGCGAUGAGAGCCGGGCGUCGGUGACACGGAAGAUGCUGCCCGGGAGCCGCGACCGUCUGCAUGGACUGCGAUCAUAAGCGGGCACUAUGCAUUGGAUCAACCAGACAAGAGGUUGAAAAUCGGGUAGAGAAGCUCCGGUCCCGAGCCCACAAUGGGAAACGCCACUACCAAGUUCCGCAAAGCGUUGAUCAACGGGGAUGAGAACUUGGCCUAUCAAAUCUACGAGAGCAACCCUCAGCUGAAAGAGUCCCUGGAUCCCAAUACUUCUUAUGGGGAACCCUACCAGCAUAACACGCCGCUGCAUUAUGCCGCGCGCUAUGGGAUGAGCCGCCUCGUGAGGGCAUUUCUCUUCGGAAAGGAUGGAAACCCAAACAAGCGCAACAUUCACAAUGAGAGUUCUAUGCACUUACUCUGUAUGGGAUCCCACCUCAUGAUCUCAGAAGGUGCUUUGGAUCACCGCUUACCCCGGCUCGGAGACGAUGAUCGCAAGAGAUCUGAAUGUUUACGGAUGAUCCUAGAGUGGAAGGGGGCAAAACUUGACCAUGGGGAAUUCGAGAGAGCUGCUCUUGAUGCCACUGACAACAAGAAGAAUACACCCUUGCACUAUGCCGCUGCCUCAGGGAUGAAAAUUUGUGUAGAGCUACUGGUGAGAAGUGGAAGUAACCUUUUUUCUGAAAAUGACAAUAAGGACACCCCAUGUGACUGUGCGGAGAAGCAGCACCAUAAGGAUCUGGCUCUCAAACUGGAGUCUCAGAUGGUCUUUUCCCGAGACCCUGAAGCAGAUGACAUAGAAGCGGAGUAUGCUGCGUUAGACAAGAGAGAGCCGUAUGAAGGGCUGCGGCCUCAGGAUUUACGGCGGCUAAAGGACAUGCUGAUCGUGGAGACAGCGGACAUGCUGCAGGCCCCUCUGUUCACCGCUGAGGCAUUGCUGCGGGCACACGAUUGGGAUAGGGAAAAGUUACUGGAAGACUGGAUGUGCAGUCCGGAGAAUUGCUGCCAACGAUCAGGCGUCCAGAUGCCAACCCCGCCGCCCAGCGGAUACAAUGCCUGGGACACGCUCCCUUCUCCACGUACGCCACGUACCACUCGUUCAUCGGUCACCUCCCCAGACGAGAUCAGUCUGUCUCCCGGGGACAUCGACAUGACUCUGUGUGGUAUCUGUAUGUGCAGCAUCUCUGUAUUUGAGGAUCCAGUGGAGAUCCCAUGCGGGCAUGAAUUCUGCAGGACAUGCUGGGAGUCGUUUCUGAACCUUAAAAUCCAGGAGGGGGAGGCUCACAACAUCUUCUGUCCAGCCUAUGACUGUUUCCAGCUGGUUCCAGUGGAGGUGAUAGAAAGUGUGGUGUCUAAGGAGAUGGAUAAGCGCUACCUCCAGUUUGACAUAAAGGCAUUCGUUGAAAACAACACUGCCAUCCGAUGGUGCCCGACGCCCGCCUGCGAGAGGGCGGUGAGGCUAAAGAAGCAGGGAAACAAUACGUCCGGUUCGGACUCCCUGAACUUUCCUCUGCUGCGAGCUCCGGCUGUGGACUGUGGGAAAGGACAUCUGUUCUGCUGGGAAUGUUUAGGAGAGGCCCACGAACCGUGUGAUUGCCAGACGUGGAAGAACUGGCUCCACAAGGUGUCUGAAAUGAAGCCCGAGGAGUUGGUCGGAGUGGGCGAAGCUUUCGAGGACGCUGCUAAUUGUCUCUGGUUAUUAACAAACUCAAAACCUUGCGCCAACUGCAAGUCUCCCAUCCAGAAGAAUGAGGGCUGUAACCAUAUGCAGUGUGCCAAGUGCAAGUACGACUUCUGCUGGAUUUGCCUGGAGGAAUGGAAAAAACACAGCUCCUCCACCGGGGGCUAUUACCGCUGCACGCGCUACGAGGUCAUAAAUCAGGUGGAGGAGCAGUCUAAGGAAAUGACCGUGGAGGCUGAAAAGAAACAUAAAAGAUUCCAGGAGUUGGACAGAUUUAUGCACUAUUAUACAAGAUUUAAGAACCAUGAACACAGCUACCGGCUAGAACAGCGUCUUCUAAAAACGGCCAAAGAAAAGAUGGAGCAGCUGAGCAGAGCUCUUAGUGAAGCGGAGGGCGGCAGCCCAGACACCACAUUUAUUGAAGAUGCUGUACACGAGCUCCUCAAGACCAGGCGCAUCCUCAAGUGUUCUUAUCCCUACGGUUUUUUCCUGGAGCCCAAAAGCACAAAAAAGGAAAUUUUUGAGCUAAUGCAGACGGACCUUGAAAUGGUGACUGAAGAUCUGGCCCAGAAGGUGAACAGGCCUUACUUGCGCACCCCCCGCCACAAGAUCAUUCGGGCAGCGUGUCUGGUACAGCAGAAACGUCAGGAGUUCCUGGCCUCCGUGGCACGUGGUGUGGCUCCCGCUGAUUCUCCUGAAACGACAAGACGAAGUUUCGCUGGAGGAACAUGGGACUGGGAGUAUUUAGGAUUUGCCUCCCCAGAGGAAUAUGCAGAAUUCCAGUAUCGGAGAAGGCACAGGCAGCGCCGACGCGACUUGCACAGUAUGAGGAGCAACACUCCUGAUCCGGACGAUCACAUGGAAAACACCUUGGAUGCCCUGGAGGUUCGUGGGAGCAGAAGACACGGCACUUCCACGGCCCUUAGCUCGCUAGAUGAUGAUGACCCCAACAUCCUUCUGGCCAUUCAGUUGUCUUUGCAGGAGUCCGGCCUCGAUGUUGACGAAGAAACAAGACAGUUCCUCAACAACGAGUCGUCGUUAGGAGCCAUAGGUUCAUCUCUGCCCACCAGGCUGGACCCUUCACCAAUAAGCAUGGAGAACCCAAGGUCGGCACUCAGUAGUUCAGAACUACUAGAACUGGGUGAGAGUCUGGUCAGGCUGGGAACCAGCAAUGAUCCUUAUAGAUCAGACCGAAUACAUUCACACUCAUUCACCGAUGCCCCAACCUCCAGUAGUGACCUUGAUUCUUCUAGUCAAGAUCCCAACAUGAGUGAAAACCUUCUUGGAAACAUUAUGGCUUGGUUCCAUGACAUGAACCCUCAAAGCAUUGCUCUCAUUCCUUCUAUGAACUCGGAAACUGACGUUGACCUACCACCGGCGAGUGUCGGCGAACAUCCCGCGCCCGACAUGACCGAGGACCAUGCACUUUUUCAGGAUGCACUAAUUCACGAAGACCCUGAACCGCAAACAGAUGAAACGACUUCCGAGGAGACGGCACCACAGGCCGACGGAGCGUCGCAGAGCGACGAACACAACGCGAACGACGUCACGAGCAGUCUGACCAGUUCUGAAGAUAUCUCCAGUAGAACUCCUGAACCUUCUUCCACUGAAUGGGUUGAACAAGUCCAUUUGGUAUGAACACAAGCAACCAAACUUAUCUAGUAGUUACCACACCCACCUCCGAUGAAAACGCCGUUACCGACCACCGCAAGGAGAUGCAUAACGGUUUUUGGAUUUCCAGAUUUUGAAAACCGACUUGAACUUUGGUCUUUUCUGCAUUUAAUGGAGUUUGAUUGCCUUUUUUUUUUUCUUCAAUUUUUUCCAAGAAAUUAGUAGGGUGGAAUCUGAUCUUCUAAUAAAAUGCAGUCAUGAUGUAGCCUUAGUUUGGAAACAAUUACGUUUUUUUUGUUUUUUAAUUUAUGUUUUUAGACAAAAAAAAAAAAAAUCAAUGGUUGUACCUCAACGGUGCGGAAGUACGUGUCACUCCUUGUUUUGUACGAGAAGACUUGAUGUGGCCGGAGCCUACACAAUGUGUUCGGUGAUGUCACAACGUUGUAGGUGAUGUCACUCCUCCUGUUUUGUGUGUCCAAGAGACGGUGAAAUAAUUGAUCUUGUGCCAUGAUGGCGUCGAGUAUGAAUUGUAUUUUGUCCAGAUAAAGUGGAUCCGUUGGACCAUGUGUGAUCAGAACUGUGUGAUUAUUUUUUUUUUUUUUUAAGACAUUUUUUCUCUUCGCUCUCUGGAUCCAGUGAGAUUAUAAUUUCAGGAUCCGUUUUUUUU